UCACUUGACGUGCGACUCCACACUGAACGAGUGUGUUGCUCUGGCAACAGGCAUAAACACAAAACAGCUGUUUUACACACAUGAAAACGGUCACACUCCAAGCCGGCUGCAGCGCAAGUUUGUUGUGCUUUUCUAAAUUUGUUACAAUAUUUGAAUUUUAUUAAUGAAUGCUGCAUAUAUACAAAAACUGUUUUAGAGCCAUGACUAGUAAAAACUUCAGCGGUAAGACAACUUUGUCAAGCAGACUGGCUAAACAGAUUAAAGUAACAAAACCAAAAGCCACAACUGCCAAACAAGAACUGUGGGAUAUUGAGGAUUUGCCCAGCAUUGCUGCUACAAGUGCGCCACGCUACUUUUCACCUGUGCAAACACGCAAGCAGCGACAAGUGAAUAACUUGCCCAAAUCAAAUUUGCCCGCCAAAAAAGCGCGCCAGGAUGAAGUUUCAAAAACCUCAAAAAUUCAAAUAGGAACAGCGACUAUAAUAAAAUGUGAAGUGGUGCCGCCUAACGAGACCCUGUUGGAACUGAAAGAAGAGGAAGCUGCUGCCGUUAAGACUGAGCAGGAUUUUCCAAAUGCCAACUGGUUGCAGCAUCUGGAAAACAUUCGCUUGAUGCGCUGCAAAAAGCCGGCGCCUGUGGAUACUCUGGGCUGUCAUCAGUGUGCCGAUGAAAAUGCCAAUGAAAAGACGCAACGUUUCCACAAAUUGGUUGCUCUGAUGCUGUCCAGUCAGACCAAAGAUGAAACUACUUUUGAAGCCAUGAAACGUUUGAAGGCGCAAACUUUAACACCUGCCAGCAUACAGGGUAUGCCAGCGGGGGAUCUGGAGCGCUUGCUGCAUCCUGUUAGCUUCUAUAAAAACAAAGCCAAGUACCUGAAGCAAACCUCGCAAAUACUCAUGGACAAGUACAACGAGGAUAUUCCGGAUAAUAUACAGGAGCUGUUGAAGCUACCGGGAGUUGGUCCCAAAAUGGCGCACAUUUGCAUGGCCACGGCUUGGAACAAAAUCACCGGCAUUGGCGUCGAUACGCAUGUGCAUCGCAUUGCCAAUCGCUUGGCUUGGCUAAAGAAAUCCACCAAGGAGCCGGAACAAACGCGCGUGCAGCUAGAGAGCUGGUUGCCGCGUCCGCUUUGGGCUGAAGUUAAUCAUUUACUUGUGGGCUUCGGACAGACUAUUUGUACGCCGGUUAAGCCUAAUUGCUCCGAGUGCCUCAAUAGGCAUAUCUGCCCGGCUUCGGCAUCUGUGUUGGCCAAGAAAAAGUGAGCAAACUUUUUUUCUUUAACAAUAUUAUGUUCAUUCUCACUUAUAACUUAAGUUGAAAACUUGCCCUAUCAAGUAUGAAAACUAAUUUAAUUGAAAAGUAAACUAAGGCUUCAUGUGUAUCGUGAAAUUCAAUUUAUAUAGAUUUGAAGUAUUAAAUGUCAAGCUGGAAAUUAAAACAA